UCUGUCUGUCUGUCAGUCUGUGUUACUGUCUGUCUGUCUGUCUGUCUGUCAGUCAGUCUGUGUUACUGUCCGUGUGUCCGCUAGUGUGUGCAUGCAGGACAGCGGCCGCUCCCUGUAACGGACCCGGUACAGCAGUGUCAGCAGACCGGACCGGACCGCACCGCACCGGGGCGGAGACAGGAUGAGUGACCCGCUGAAGAGCUCUGUGUCCGGCUGCACAUCCAGCAGCUCCCCCGCUCCUGCUCCGGGCUCCGACACAUACAAAGGGUGGCUCUUUAAAUGGACUAACUAUCUGAAAGGGUACCAGAGGCGGUGGUUCGUGCUUAGUAACGGGCUGCUGUCUUAUUACAGGCUCAGGACGCAGGCGGAGAUGGCUCACACGUGUCGCGGCACCAUCAACCUGGCCACGGCGCACAUCGACACGGAGGACGCGUGUAACAUGGUGCUGAGCAGCGGGGGGCGAACCUACCACCUGAAAGCUGCCACUGAGGUGGAGAGGCAGAAGUGGGUCACGGCGCUGGAGCUGGCCAAAGCUAAAGCCAUCCGCAUGAUGAACGAUCAGUCAGAUGACUCUGGGGAAGAGGAGCCCACAUCCCGCUCGGACCGCAGUGAGCUGCAGGGGACGCUGAAGACGUUGGCGAGUAAGCUGGAUGAUCUGUGUACGUGUAACGAUCUGAUCGCGAAGCACGGUGCAGCGCUACAGCGUUCUCUCAGCGAGCUCGAAGCCCUGCGCGUCCCGGUCGAGGGCAACGAGAAGAUCAAGGCCGUGAACGAGAGAGCCACUCUGUUCCGCAUCACCUCCAAUGCUAUGAUCAAUGCCUGCCGUGAUUUCCUGGAGUUGGCCGAGAGCCACAGUCGCAGAUGGCAGCGAGUCCUGCAGCAUGAGCGAGAACAGCGCACUCACCUGGAGGAGACGAUAGAACAACUGGCCAAGCAGCACAACAGCCUGGAGAGAGCGUGGAGAGAGGCGCCGACACACACCUCUAACACACCUGACACCACCUCCACACACACCGGAGUGAGUGAGAGGUCUCGCAAAGGGGAAGCGAGUGACGAAGAUGAGGAUACAGAGUAUUUUGAUGCCAUGGAGGAUUCGCCUGCUUUCAUCACAGUGACGGCUACAGACGUGUCUCAGCACAGACGUUCUCAGAGUAAUCUCAGUGGUGCCAGCGGUGGACAGCCCAGUGACUGGAGCCUGGAGCAUCAUUCGUCUCCGAGCUGCAAUGAUUUAUCAGGGAGGGAGCUGCAGACACGCAGGAGGAGACGUAGCCGAAUCCCAGACAAGCCAAACUACUCACUUAACCUGUGGAGCAUCAUGAAGAACUGCAUCGGCAAAGAGCUGUCCAAGAUCCCCAUGCCUGUGAACUUUAACGAGCCCCUGUCCAUGCUGCAGCGGCUGACGGAGGAUCUGGAGUACAGCGAGCUGUUGGACAAAGCGGCUCGCUGCACCAGUUCUCUAGAGCAGAUGUGUUUGGUGGCUGCUUUCUCCGUCUCGUCUUAUUCCACCACCGUCCACCGGACCGCCAAACCCUUCAAUCCCCUUCUAGGUGAAACGUACGAACUCGACCGGCUUGACGAUUACGGCUACCGCUCCAUCUGCGAGCAGGUAAGUCAUCAUCCUCCGGCUGCGGCUCAUCACGUCAUCUCACAGCGAGGUUGGACUCUAUGGCAGGAAAUCACCAUCGCUAGCAAGUUCCGUGGCAAAUACCUGUCCAUCAUGCCUCUGGGUGCCAUCCACCUGCAGUUCCACACGAGCGGGAACCACUACGUGUGGCGUAAAGUGACCUCCACCGUGCACAACAUUAUUGUGGGCAAACUGUGGAUCGAUCAGUCGGGGGACAUCGACAUCGUGAACCACAGAACCAAAGAGACUUGUCAGCUUAAGUUCUCUCCAUACAGCUACUUCUCAAGGGAAGUCCCACGCAAGGUGACCGGCGUGGUGUCAGACGGUGAAGGACAGGCGCACUACAUACUGUCAGGAACGUGGGACGACCGGAUGGAGAGCGCUAAGAUUGUCCAGAGCAGCUGCGGCAGCAACAAUGCAGAAGGCAAACAGAAGACCGUGUACCAAACACUCACACCUCGACUACUGUGGAAGAAAUACCCACUCCCAGAGAACGCAGAGAACAUGUACUUCUUCUCGACUCUGGCUCUCACGCUGAACGAGGAGGAGGACGGCGUGUGUGUGACGGACAGCCGUCUGCGACCGGACCAGCGUCUGAUGGAGGACGGACGAUGGGAUGAAGCCAACAUGGAGAAACAGAGGCUGGAGGAGAAACAGAGAGCUGUGAGGAGGAGGAGAGAAGCCGAGGCGUCCGACGCCAUAGACCAAGAUUGUGAGCUAGACUCUGGUCAGGAAUACGAGGGCUACAAGCCUCUCUGGUUCCAUCAGAGGACAGAUCCGCUGACUGGGGAAACGAACUUUGUGUAUAAAGGCGGUUACUGGGAGGCCAAAGACAGACAGGACUGGAGAAUGUGUCCAGAUAUUUUCUGAUUGGAGACGAGAAUGAGGACAGAACGUUCUCUAACAGACUCACAGAGGAUCUGGGACACGGAUCCCAUCUGUCACAGAGAGAACUGAGAUGUGUGUGUGUGUGUGAGAGAGAGAGAGAGAGAGAGAGAGAGAGAGAGAGAGAGAGAGAGAGAGAGAGAUGUAAUCUCUCUCUAGUAUUCAAAUGAAAAGUGUAUGUAUGCGUGUGUGUGUGUGUGUAUGUGUGUGUAUGUGUGUAUGAGUGUGUGUGUGUGUGUAUAUGAGACUGUGUGUUUGUGUGUGUGUACGCGUGUGUGUGUGCAUGAGUGUGUGUGUAUGUG